ACUGUUUGAUUUGCCAAACCUUGAUUGGUCUUCCUGGCAAACCUGAAGUAUGUCUGUUGCCAGGUCACCCGGCUUGGAUGAAGACAGUUUUGUCGAGUCAGUCGAAGAUAAGCAAGAACCACUGGACGAUAAGCCUUCCAGGCACAUAAAACGCCGCGCCAAUGUCUAUGAUGCGGUAGCUGGUCGUGUCAACCCCCGCGGUGUCCACGCAAACCAUCACAUUGCUUCUCAAUACCGCGACACAACCUCCUCAAGCGCUCGAACUUUGCGCCCAGAGGAGCUUCUUUAUCGCAAACAGAACAUUACAGCGGAAUCGAUUGAUGAGAAAACCUAUUUCGCGCAUGAGAAUCUUCCCUCUGAUCAAGCUCUCCCGAACUCCGAGCUCCUUGAGACGAUACAUGCCUAUGCGGCCGACUAUUACGAAUACGCUACGGCAGACAACGGCAAAGAUGACCAUCAAACCAUGGAUGAGACAGCAUUGCUUGCAAUGGGGAUCCUGAUCGAAGAGAUGGCCAAGGAGGAACUGGGUGAAACCGGGGAUCUGGCCCUGGUUGAAGGACAAGAGUUGUCGGAGGAAGAGGACGAUAAGACGGGCCUCGAGAGCGACACCACAACCAAAUCAGCAGCACGAGCAGCACGAAGGAAACGAGCAAACAGCAUUGUCCGUCAGAGAUCAAAACGACGCAAAUUGGCUCGUUCUGUUUCUGUUACAACUGAUUUGGACACCGAGAUUGACGAAAGACGAUGA